AUGUUCGGGGCCCGGUGCCUGCUCCGAGCCCUGCGCUCCUGCACCUCAGCCCCCUGCCCGAGACCCAAACCUUCCGCCAGACUGAGCGUUCGUGACGCGCUCGGGGCCCGGAGCACGAAUGGGGAGCGCGUUAAGGUCCAGGGAUGGAUUCGUUCAGUCCGAUCCCAGAAGGAAGUGUUGUUCCUGCAUAUAAAUGAUGGAUCAUCUUUGGAAAGCCUUCAAGUUGUAGCCGAUUCAAGCUUUGACAGUAGAGAACUGGCUUUUGGGAGUUCUGUGGAAGUUCAAGGGCAGCUGGUGAAAAGUCCAUCCAAAAAGCAGAAUGUGGAACUGAAGGCAGAAAAAAUUGAAAUUGUUGGAAAUUGUGAUGCCAAGGCUUUUCCUUUUAAAUAUAAAGAGAGGCAUCCUCUGGAGUACCUGAGACAGUAUCCCCACCUCAGGUGCAGGACUAAUGCCCUGGGUUCCAUACUGAGGAUUCGCAGUGAAGCCACAGCUGCUAUUCAUUCUUUCUUUAAGGACAGUGGCUUUGUCCAUAUUCAUACUCCAAUAAUCACAUCCAAUGACUGUGAAGGGGCUGGAGAACUGUUCCAAGUUGAACCUUCAAGUAAAGUUAAGGUGCCUGAGGAGAAUUUCUUCAAUGUUCCUGCUUUCUUAACUGUUUCGGGACAACUUCACCUAGAAGUGAUGUCAGGAGCUUUUACUCAAGUGUUUACCUUUGGUCCCACAUUCCGAGCAGAGAAUUCUCAGAGCCGGAGACACCUGGCAGAGUUUUAUAUGGUAGAAGCAGAGAUUUCUUUUGUUGAGAGUCUUCAAGAUCUCAUGCAGGUUAUGGAGGGGCUCUUCAAGACUGCAACAAUGAUGGUUCUUUCAAACUGUACUGAAGAUGUUGAACUCUGUCACAAAUUCAUAGCUCCUGGUCAAAAGGACAGAUUAGAACAUAUGCUAAAAAACAACUUUUUAAUCAUUUCUUAUACUGAAGCAGUAGAGAUCUUAAAGCAGGCAUCUCAGAACUUCACCUUCACCCCAGAGUGGGGUGUUGAUCUACAUACUGAACAUGAAAAGUACCUGGUGAAGCACUGUGGCAACAUACCAGUCUUCGUCAUUAAUUAUCCAUUAGCACUCAAGCCUUUCUACAUGAGGGAUAAUGAAGAUGGCCCUCAGCACACAGUUGCUGCUGUUGAUCUUCUGGUUCCUGGAGUUGGAGAGCUCUUUGGAGGAAGCCUCAGAGAGGAACGGUACCAUUUCUUAGAGCAGCGACUGGCCAGAUCAGGACUAACGGAAGCCUACCAAUGGUAUCUGGACCUCCGUCGAUUUGGAUCUGUACCACAUGGAGGCUUUGGGAUGGGAUUUGAACGCUAUCUGCAGUGCAUCUUGGGAAUUGACAAUAUCAAAGAUGUUAUCCCUUUUCCAAGAUUUACUCAUUCGUGUGUUUUAUAGCUGGAAGACCAGUUAAAGAAAAUCACCCUGUGCCAGAGGAAGGAGAGCUCCGUAACAUAAGAGAGACCGCAUCCAUCUUUGUAUCUGCAGUGCCCUGGAGAGUAUCCAGCACAUAGUGGGUACUCAUUAAAAAACUCUUGAAUGAAUUAGGUGUCAUUGAGGUGUCCAAAAAAAAACCCAAAAACAAAAGGAAAAAGAAAUAUGUCCAUCAGACAACAGGGAAAUUCUCCUUAAAAAGUAAUUCCCAAACUGGUGUUUCCCUCUUUAUGUAUCUGCAAUAUUUCAUAAAAUUUUAAACUAGCCUUUAAAGCAUAAAAAUCCAAGUCUGGAGCCUUUGCCUGAACAUAGAACAAAAAGUUAAAAAUUAAAAGUAUAAGUUCAACUAGUAAUGUAUCUUUAGGAGCUGUUACUGAAUGUGAGUUUCUAAGGUGUCUCUCCUGGUGUUGCUUCUAGAGUACAGUAACUAAAUAGAGUUCUCAAGAACUUCGCUCUACUGUUCAUCAUUACAAAACCAGCACCGACCCAUGUCCUUGCACACAGUGAAUGCUCAGUAAAUAACAAAUGAAUAUAUUUGAUUGAGGGGAGAAAUUCACAGCAAGUCUCAGAUGAACUCAGAGUUGCUCAGAUUUUCAGUUAAUUACUGCUAACUCAGUGCCUGUCUCUGUGGGGCACCCCAAAACAAGAAAAACCUAAGAGCUCAUAGUUUUAGUUCCCAUACAGCUGGUUGAUAAUUCUCUGUGUUCCCACAAUCCUUUGAACAUACCUCUUCUACAACAUUGUCCACACACUACUGUAGACCCCUGCCUACCUAUUUCUCUCCCCAGAAACACCCUGAACUUCUUAAGACCCUGGUCUUACUCAUCUCGGUGUCCCUAUGCUGAACUCAUGGUAGUAGGUUCUCAGAAAAUCCUUACUGAGAAUUAAAUAACAAGGACAUAAAUGACCUUUCCUGAGUAACAUGUAUUUGAAUAUAUAGUUUGCAUUUGGAUAAGAGUAUAUGCCUUUCUAAGUGUUUUCAGAGUUUCAAAUGAUAGGUACUGGGUAAGUCCUGAAAGAAAGUAGAUCGGUUUCCAUGCCUCUCUUAAAUACUUGGCAAGGUGUCAGUUUAGUUAUCAAGCCCAUUCCUGCUCUGAGAAUCACCGCCCCCACCGCACCCUAGCCCAUGGAUCCCCUGCAGACAUAGUAGGGACAGGAGCUUCCCUUGCUGAGUGGACUGGCAGUGGAUACCUGACCCAAAAUGGGUGUCAUUUUCCCUUGGAAAAGUGGGAUUGAGAACACUAGAAAGUCUGGACUGGUUGCUUGAACCAGGAAUAUAUAAACUUAGGAAAUGCAGAGCAACCAUGUGCCUCAAGAGACAGAGAAGGCAGUCUGCAGAGAGAAAUGAAGGCACAUGCUCGGAGAUGAAAAACCAGAUGGCCUGUGAGAGACAGACACACACAUCCAAACUGGCUGCCUAGUUUUUGCUAUAUUUAGUCCUCAGUUACUAACCUUCCUGAGGCCAGAUUAUUCAACUUUUUCUUGGGUUCCAUGGGAUGUGCCUCUUUUUUUUUUUUUUUUUUUUUAAACCAAUAAAUUUCCUAUUUGGGCUUAAGGAAAUUUAAAACAGGUAUCUGCUUUUGCAACUAAAAGAGAACAUUAAUACACUAUCUGAUUUAUGGAAAGAAUUCUCAUUACUUUUUGUUGUUGUUGUACUUCCGUUACCUUUUAGUCAUACCCCCACAUUAUCCCAGAAUACAUGUUAAUCAGGAAAUUAUUUAGAUGAGAAAUUCCUGAUAGAUAAGAUGCCAUAGGAGGAUAAGUGAGUGACAUAUUUGCUUUUCAAGUUUCUUGAUACCCUGAGUCACAAAAACAAAACAAAUGAAUAGAUGCUUAUUUACAGAGGGGGGUUGGACAAAUAUCAGACCUUUUUUGAAGUACAAAAUCAGAUUAGAGAGGUUUUGAAGAACCAAUACAUUUGGCAGCUUCCCAAGGCAUCUAUUUUUGAAGAUUCUUUCCAAAACUAUAUAAGAAUGGCUUUUGUCAUAAGCCUUAGCUGGGUUUCAGACUAGCCAAAACUGCCAACUGUAAGAGACUAAAUAAAAAAGCAUGUGUGCCUAGAGCAAGCCAGACCCUGCUGUUGGCCGGCCAUAAACAAUGAAAGUAAGAUAAAAGAUUUUGCUCUUCAGAAACAGUUCCAAAUGUGUUUAGAGUUUUGUGUACCAUAUUCAUUCAACCCUGGCAUGCCGCACCCUGAAUUUAGUCCUCGCUUAAAAUAAUCAUUUUGAAAACAUGCAUGGAAAAUAGGGAACUGGGAACUGCUAAAAUCAUCAUUUGGUUCCGGAAAAUUUUUUCUGAAGAAAAUCUUCGGGCUUUUUCCUAGAAUGUUACGAAAACGUUAACUUAUAAUGAUUACUGCCAACAUAUUUCUAAUCAUUCUAGGAAAAGAAAACAGCAACAAAUAAGUUUCCAGCUCUUUGCACAGUCAACACUCUGGACCUUGGAGAAGCUUGCAUGUAAUUUGACUGCAACUACUUUCCUUUUUUAGUUAAUUGUGUUAAAUGUGCCUCAUAACUCCUAAUCCCGGUGGGGCUGUCAUUUAGAAGGGGCUGGGGGGAAGCUGUUUUAAUUCUGGCUUUUGUUUCAGCCACUAAAUGUAAUACCACAUGAUUGUUGACCCAACAGUAAUCCAGUUAAAAAACAGUCUUCAGAGUUACUGCAUCAUCAAAAUUAACCCUGAUUACAUCAAAUUAUGUUGAAAACAGACCACAGCUGUUUGCCCUGUAGAAGCAACUGCUUGAGAGCUCAUCCAGAAGAUCUAUCUGGGUGUCAGGAAGAUACAUUUUGUUUUUUAUCUUUGUUUCUCGUCACAAAUGUACGAGGGAAACACUAUGUUCUUCCCAGGGUGCUUGGUGGGAGUUGAAAACUUUGUGAUCCUCCAGAAUCCAAAAUCUUCUUAAUUCCAAAGUAGCAGAAAAUCAGAUCUUUUAAGGUUUCAGUUUUCUAUAGAAAGGAUGUCAGAAGAAGGAAAUGUAAAUCUAUUGAGUAUUGCUCUUGUCAGCAGGAAAGAAAUGGAACUUAACUACAGAGAAGGAUGGCGGGGCCUCCUCUGGUAGGCUGCGUCCAGUCAUAUGCUAGGGAUGGCUCAUACCAACCCAUGAGCGCAGACGGUGGUGAAAAAUUUUGCAAGCUGGUUGCUAAAAAAUAGCAUUAUUAAAAUUAAAUAAUUUUAAAUGGAAAGUAACAAGAAUCGGAGAAGAUGGGAGACAGAGUGGAACUCUCAUACAUUGCUGGUAAUGCAAAAUGGUGUAACCACUGUGGGAAACAGUUCAACCAUUCCUUAAAAAGUUAAACACACGGGUGCCUGGCUGGCUCAGUCCGUAGAGCAUGUGACUUUUGAUCUCGGGGCCAUGGGUUUGAGGCCCACGUUGGGUGUAGAGAUUACUUUAAAAAAAAAAAUUAAGCACAGAGUCACCCUAUGAUCCAGCAGCUUGACUCCUAGGUAUAUACCCAAGAGCAGUGAAGACGUAGGUUCACACAAAAACUUGUACACAUAUGAAUGUUCACAGCAACAUUCAUAGUAGCCAAAAAGUGGAGACAACUGAAAUAUCCAUCAACUGAAGAAUGAAUAAAUAAAAUGUGAUACAUCCAGUCAAGGAAAUAUUAAUAUUUGCAAUAUUGCAAUAUUUGCAACAAAAAGAAGAUCUGAUGUAUGCUACAACACGAAUGGACCUUGAAAAUGUUAUAGAAAGUGAAAGAAGUCAGACACAAGAGGCCAUGGAUUCCAAUUAUAUGAAAUGUCCAGAAUUGGCAAAUCCAUAGAGACAAAGUAGAUUAGUGGCUGCCGGGGGUUCAGAUUAGGGGAAUGAAGAGUGGCUGCUAAUGGAUAUGGAAUUUCUUUUGGGGGUAAUAAAAAUGGUCUAAAAUUAGAUAGCAAUAACGGUUACAUAACUCCGUGAAAUACUAAAAACUGAGCUGCACACUUUAAAAGGGUGACUUUUAUGGCAUACGAAUGAUACAUUAAUAAGCUAACUCAUAAACUUACAGUUAAAUAAAUUAUAUGAAAAACAAAGGGAAUAAGUAACCAGAACUAUCAGUUACUAAUUCACUACAUUUUCCUGUUAUCUCUGCUCUGUCUAUUGUAUCUUUAUUUUGGAAGUACUAAAUAAAGAUAUAUUACGAGCA